AUGGUUGGUCUUGGAGGAAAUAAUGAGGCUAAUCAGAGUAUCAAAGUCCUCUCUACAUCAAUUGUUGAAGGAGGGCUUCCUCUUUCCAUUGUUUUCCCAGCUUCUGCAGAGGGAAAGUUUGCCAACUUUGAGAUUAAGGGUGGACUUCUUCAUCGUAUACCUACAUUUCAUGGACUCUCCAUGGAGGACCCUAACAAGCAUUUGAAGGAGUUUCCGUUUGUAGUUGGAAGUAUGACGCCACCUGAGGCCGAUGAACACAUUUUCAAGUUGAAGACAUUCCCUUUUUCCUUAGCUAAUAGAGCCAAAGAUUGGUUGUAUGAACUUCCAGAAGGACAUGUCACUUCUUGGGACGCCAUGAUGAGGGCAUUUCUAGAGAAAUUCUUCCCUGCUUCAAGAGUUAUAGCUAUGAGGAAGAAGAUUACUGGAAUUCAACAGGCUGAAGAUGAGUUAUAUCCUGCGUACUACGAAAGCCAAAUGCUAGAUGCUGCUAGUGGAGGUACUUUUGUGGACAAGACUCCAGCUCAAGGGAAGGAAUUGAUUGCUAAUAGGGCUGGCAAUGCUCAACAAUAUGAGGGCAUUUGGACUACAACUCGUCAAGUGAAGGAAGUGACAAUGAAUUUGGAUUUGAGUGCAAGAUUGGAUAAGCUUACUUCUCUUAUGUCACAAGUGUUAACACCAAAAGUCCAAGGAGUGGCGCAAGUUUGUGGGGUAUGCUCUACUCAAGGGCACAUGACUGAUCAAUGUCCUCAACUGAUAGAGAAUGGUGGAUGGGAAAGUUGGAGGGAUCACCCUAACUUUAGGUGGAGGGAUAAUGAUAAUGUUCAAAAUGCUAAUAAGAACACCUAUAAUAGAGGACCUCAUGGAGCAUUUUAUCAGAGACCUCAAGCUCCUCCUCAAGCUCAAGGAACGUCCCCUAAUUAUGAUAAGAUUAUUGAGACGCUUAAUUCUUCAACUCAAGCUUUGAUUCAAGGGCAACAAAACCAUGGGAAGGAUAUAGCGGAUUUGAAGAAGCAAAUGGGACAAGUGGUAGACUUUAUGACCAAGUUCCAUGAACAAGGGAAGCUUCCAAGCAACACAAUUCCAAAUCCAAAGGGAGGUUUUGAAGGCACCAGCUCUUAA